AAUCUGCAUCUUGUGGGCCGCGUCCAUCGCACUGGUCCACUCGCCUCUCCCCUCCCCCCUCCAUUCCGCUCCGAUUUACCGCCUCGCCGGCCGCCGCAGUAGGCGGCGCUACGGUUAUUUCGGUUAGGGUUCCGGCGAGGCCAACGCCCACCCCCCACCUCCACCUCCACCUCCCCCAGAGCGAGCCGCCGCCGCCUGUGGAGGGCCAGGGAGAGAUGGUUUUCGUGUGGCUCACCGCGUUCUUCCUCGUCGUGGCGCUCAUCGUGCUCGUCAUCUACCAGCUGAUGUGCUUGGCAGAUCUGGAGUUUGACUAUAUCAAUCCAUUCGAUUCAUCCUCCCGGAUAAAUAAAGUGGUUAUUCCAGAAUUCGUAUUGCAAGCAGCUCUAAGUGUAUUAUUCCUCCUAUCGGGGCAUUGGGCAAUGUUCUUACUUUCUGCCCCGAUGGUGUACUAUAACUAUACGCUGUACCAGCGACGACAACAUCUUGUAGAUGUAACAGAAAUAUUUAAUCAUCUUGGCCGGGAGAAGAAACGCCGCCUUUUUAAGAUAGUUGGUCUCAUUAUUCUCCUAUUCUUGUCCUUGUUUUGGAUGAUCUGGACUGUAUUAUUGGAGGAGGAUGAGUAGAAUGAAAAAAAAAACACUAUGGUAGCUCAUAUUGGCGUUCCAAGUUCCAACCAUUAGUUAGGUCAUCUGGAGAAGCAAGACAAGUGAAAAACAUUGUGCCCCAAAAGUAUUGUUGGCUUGUGGAGCUGUUUUUUCUCCGAUUUAUAGUGAAGCUCCUAUUAUUGUCGCAUGUAACAUGUAAAUUAGGAGCUACUGGGCAUCAGUUCUCGUGGGGGCAAAGGGAUUAACUUCGUCGUUGUGCGUGCGUUGUCUUGCCUUGCACUGCAGAACGGCCUUGAUUUUAUGUUGAUUUUGUGUGGUUUGAUUUUUGUUUAGCAAGAUCAUUUCCUCUAAACUUGAUGUUCUCAUCUUUUGUUGUCGGUCUGAAAUGCAAACACGAAGGGAAAUGCCAGGUGCUAUCAGCCCCAGAGCUGAGCAUGUGUCCAAUGCUCUUAUCCGAA